ACAACCAACUCAAAAAUGUCUCGCCAAAGCACUCGCCUCGAUACAAAGAAAGUGAACUCGGAACUGCUGACCCUAACGUACGGUGCGCUCGUGUCCCAGAUGCUGCGUGAUUUCGAAAACGUCGAAGACGUUAACAAACAGCUCGAUCGCAUCGGUUUCAAUAUGGGCAUGCGGCUGAUAGAGGACUUUCUGUCCCGUACCGGAUCGGGCCGUUGCUUGGAUAUGCGUGAAACAGCGGACAAGAUACAGCUCGCCUUCCGGAUGUACCUAAAUGUGCAGCCGACCAUCUCGAACUGGGCUGCCUCGGCGGAUGAAUUUUCACUCAUUUUCGACACAAACCCACUGACGGAGUUUGUCGAGCUGCCGGCGGACUAUCAACAGCUACGGUACAGUUCCAUCCUCUGUGGAUGUAUACGGGGUGCGCUGGAAAUGGUACAGCUUGAGGUGCAGUGUUGGUUCAGCCAGGAUCAGCUGAAGGGUGAUGCGACGACGGAAAUUCGGGUGAAGUUUGUACGUCGGCUGGAAGAUGCAGUACCGGCUGGGGAAGAUUAAAGUACCAUACGCA